CCAUAUUAAAUAAAAUCACAUCAGUGAUUUACCAGCACAUAAUCUCUCUCAGCCAUGGCCACGCCUUCCAUGGCCAUUACUCUCAAUUCCAAUACUAUCCCUAUUAAACAGGAACACCAACACUCAUCACCUCCGCCUCCACAACAACCACCAGUUGUCAAAACUGACCCACCGGAUCUCGUAAUCGAAAUAGCACAGCAAUCACAUUCAACACCCAAAGAACCUCAAUUCUUGAAAUCAAUUAACGACCUGACCAAUUUAUCUGCCGCAAUUGAUGCUUUUAAACGGCGGUACGAUGAGUUGCAGAAUCACCUCAAUUUCAUCGACAACGCAAUUACCGCCCGCUCCAAGGAACUCGAACAAAAGACGCAACGACUGCAACAAACUCAAACAGAAAAAGCAAAAACGCCGUCGCCGGAAAUUGUAGCUGAAAUGACAAAAGUAACGGAAACUGAAACCGCUGCUGCGGCAGCACCAGCAACGGAAAAACCGGAAAUAAGGAGCUUGUGUCAAAUGAUGUGUGGAAGAGGGUUGCGGAAAUAUAUAGUUUCGAAUCUAGCCAAUGCGGAGAAGCUUCGAGAAGAAGUUCCGGCAGCGUUAAAAUGUGCACCGAAGCCGGCUAAAUUAGUGUUAGAUUGUAUAGGGAGGUUUUAUUUACAAGGUAGUAAAGCUUAUGAGAAAGAGUCUCCAAUGAUUACAGGGAGAGAAGCGUCGAUUUUGGUUUUGGAAUUUUUUUUGUUGAUUAGUGAUCAUGAGAAUGCAAUGGAGGCUGCGGUGAAGAAAGAGGCGGAGCAGGUGGCUGUAGCGUGGAGAAAGAGAUUGAUUAGUGAAGGUGGUGUGAGGAAUAGCGGCGAGAUUGAUGCCAAGGGUUUGCUGUUGUUAAUUGGAGGGUUUGGGAUACCGAAGUUGUUUAGUGAUGAGGAUGUUUUUGAUUUGGUUAAGUUGAGUAAUUCAAGGCAGUUCGCUGAUUUGGUUCGAAGAUCGCGGUAUCUUGUUACUAGGGUUACUGGUAUUUGUUCUUGGUGCUAG